CCAGUUGACUCACUUGGACGAUUGUCGAGUCUACACGACCCAUGUUAUUUUUAAAGCAAAUAGACCAGAAAAAAACAAAGAACCAGUAUACAGCAGAAGAGUUUCCGGAAUGAACACGAUCUCGCCUUCUCCACCCAAUAACUAUCAACUACGACCUGCAAUAUGUAGUGCGUUGAUAUUCCUUGCAGUUGUUUUUGGUGGAGUUGUUUGCAUGGUCGUUAAUUCCACAAAUACGAAGCCGCGAUUGGAAUACUUAUUAUUAGGAGUCACUUGUUUAGGAAUUGGAACUAUCGCAACAAGUGUUUCCAUUAUUUGUUUUGUAUUAAAGCAGUCUCGUGUCAUUGAAAAAAUACCACCAAAUAAGGCACCGCCUCCAAAGUCGGUACCGUUUGUAGUGGACCGACUUAUGGCAAGAGCAGCAACCAAUUUGGAAUAUCGAGCUUGUGAGGACCUGCUUUCCUCAAACACUGUGCGACCAAGCACAACAAUGCACUGUGCAUACAAAAGCAAUUAUCAUGUUGUUUAGAAUAUUUCUGUUAAUGGUACGGUAUACUGGAUUUUUCCGUUAAUAUGAAACAGCAGCAUAAAAUUAUAUUUACUGAA